AUGGAUAAUGGAGACUGGGCAUAUAUGAUGACUGAUCCAGUCACACUAAAUGUGGGUGGACACAUGUAUACGACAUCCCUCACAACUCUAACGAGGUAUCCUGACUCAAUGCUUGGGGCCAUGUUCAGGGGAGACUUCCCCACCGCCAGGGACUCUCAGGGCAAUUACUUUAUUGACAGAGAUGGACCACUUUUCCGUUAUGUUCUUAACUUUUUAAGGACCUCAGAGCUCACUUUGCCACUGGACUUCAAGGAGUUUGACCUACUUCGCAAGGAAGCAGACUUCUAUCAGAUUGAACCUCUAAUUCAGUGUCUUAAUGACCCCAAGCCGCUGUAUCCUGUGGAUACCUUUGAGGAGGUGGUGGAGCUGUCCAGCACCCGGAAGCUUUCCAAGUACUCCAACCCAGUGGCAGUUAUCAUCACACAGCUCACUAUCACGACUAAAGUCCAUUCGUUACUGGAAGGCAUUUCAAACCACUUCACAAAGUGGAAUAAGCACAUGAUGGACACCAGGGACUGCCAGGUUUCCUUCACGUUUGGGCCAUGCGAUUACCACCAGGAAGUGUCACUCAGAGUGCAUCUGAUGGAGUACAUCACAAAGCAAGGCUUCACGAUCAGGAAUACCAGAGUCCAUCACAUGAGCGAGCGUGCCAAUGAAAACACAGUGGAGCAUAACUGGACUUUCUGUAGACUGGCACGGAAAACAGAUGACUGAUUCUGACUC